GGGGCGCGCGCGGGGUGAAGGGACCCUCCCCCAGCAGCUGCCAUGGGUUCUGUGCUUUCCCUCCCCGCCGGCAGCGCUGCCCCGAGGCAGAGGAAGGCAGCUGAGGAGGAGGAUGACGAUUUACUCGACAGCCAGGACCGUGUGGAAGACAUUGCCGAGUUCCCCUACGUGGAAUUCACAGGCCAGGACAGCAUCACCUGUCCCACUUGCCAAGGCACUGGCUGCAUCCCCACAGAGCAGGUGAAUGAGUUGGUGGCUCUGAUCCCCUACAGCGACCAACGGCUUCGUCCCCAGAGAACGAAGCUCUACGUCCUGCUCUCGGUGCUGCUCUGCCUCCUGGUCUCCGGGCUGGUGGUUUUCUUCCUCUUCCCACACUCGGUGCUGGUGGAGGAUGAUGGGAUCAAAGUGGUUCGGGUGUGGUUUGACAGGAAGAACUCCGCUGUCCUUCUGGCCAUCACGGCCACCUUAAGGAUCAGGAACUCCAACUUCUACUCGGUGGCAGUGGCCAGCCUGACCAGCCAGGUGCAGUACAUGAACACGGUGGUGGGCACCCAGCAGGUCACCAACGUCUCCAGCAUCCCGCCCCUGAGUGACAAACUGGUGAAUUUUACUGUGAAGGCAGAGCUGGGUGGAGCCUUCUCCUACGUGUAUUCCUUCUGCACAUACCCCAAGGUGAAGGUCCAUAACAUCGUGGUCUUCAUGAGGAGCUCGGUGAAGUUCUCCUACGUGGGACACACGACCCAGAGCUCCGUGGAGCGGUACCGGUACGUGGACUGCAGCUCCAACUCCACGGACCCCCUGGCACCUGGGGCAGCCUGAAGGCACGGCUGGGACUUCUAGAAGGGCACAGACACCUUUAACUGGCAGCAGUGACCCUGGUGGGAGGCACUUGGAAGCUCUGGGUGCCUUUUGAGCCCUUCCAUGUGCCCACGAAACCCUCCGUGUGCAGGACACGGGUCCCUCCACGAAGCCUUCCCUUCGCUUCUGGAGAAACAGCUUUUUUUUUGGGUAGGGAAACUGGACUUCAGGGAAACUUCAGGCUCUGAAAUCCCAGAGAUUUCGAGUGUUUUGCACCUGUUUGGAAGCUUGGCACUGCUGGGUGUUCCAGGUUCUCUUGCAGUGGGUUUAUUGCCUUCCUUGCUCAGUGGCAGCGUGUCACUGGGGUGUGUCGGAGCAGGCCUGGAUCCCAAGGGACACUUCACACUUAGGGACGUGCAGGGAAAGCUUCUGCCUCUGCCACGGGCACUAAAAGGAGGCAAAAGAAUCAAAACCUUUGGAACCACGGUGGUUUUGGUUUGCUGGCAGCUGAGAAACCCCCGAGCACCGCCUGCCUUUGUGAGGGUCUGUGUUGGACUCGCCUCCUCCUCCUCCUCCUCCUCUGAUCCUUCCUCCCCCCCUGCAGGGGUUUGAAACCAGGGCAUGUGCAGCUCGGUGUGUUGCUUUGUACUUGUGCUCCACCGCAGGCAAACAGGGAUUUAAACCGAUUUUUGUGGGAGUCUGGGCUUCCAAGGCUUCCCUGCCGGGAGCGGCGCAUUCCUGACGGUCGCUAUCAGCUGCCUCCCGAGAGCAAAUCGAUGUGGCAGCUCUGCCCCCGCAGCCCUGCUGGGGACUCGCAGCCCGGAGAGUUUCGUCCCUCGGGAGUUUUCGCUGGAAUUCGAUCGCCGGGAGCUGCCCCCGUUCGUGCCCUGCCCCUUUGUCUGCCCGCCCGGGGGGUGUGGGAGCAGAUCAGGCCCCUUUUCAGAGAGGGAUGCUCGAUUUUUGUGUGACCGGGACAUGAAAACACACCUUGCUUUCUUCUUUAAGCAGUGAGAUCUCUGCCUAGUGGAGCUGAGUUGUGCUGAUUAAACCUGAGUUGGAUGUUA